AUGGGAUGUAAUAUGUGCGUGGUCCAGAAACCGGAGGAGCAGUACAAAGUGAUGCUUCAGGUGAACGGGAAAGAGCUCUCCAAGCUGUCUCAGGAGCAAACCCUGGAGGCCCUGCGCUCCUCUAAGGAGCCCCUGAUGAUCCAGGUGCUGAGGCGUGGUCCCCGCCUGCGGGGUGACAGCUCCUGCCAUGACCUACAGCUGGUGGACAGUGGCACUCAGACCGACAUCACCUUCGAACAUAUCUUGGCGCUGGGCAAGCUGCGCCCGCCCACCCCGCCCCUGGGUAUCCUGGAGCCGUACGUCCUUUCUGAACUCCCCCCCAUCAGUCAUGAGUAUUAUGACCCGGCGGAGUUCAUGGAGGGCGGCCCGCAGGAGGCAGAUCGAGUGGACGAAUUGGAGUAUGAGGAGGUGGAAUUGUAUAAAAGCAGUCACCGAGACAAGCUGGGCCUCAUGGUGUGCUACCGCACGGACGAUGAAGAUGACCUGGGCAUCUACGUGGGAGAGGUUAACCCCAACAGCAUCGCAGCCAAAGAUGGCCGGAUCCGCGAGGGAGACCGCAUUGUGCAGAUCAAUGGUGUGGAUGUGCAGAACCGGGAAGAAGCAGUGGCCAUCCUGAGCCAGGAGGAGAACACCAACAUCUCCCUGCUGGUGGCCCGGCCUGAAAGCCAGCUGGCGAAGCACUGGAAAGACAGUGAUCGGGAUGACUUCCUGGAAGAUGUUGGCUCUGAGAAUGAGGGGAAACUCAAGUCGCCGCCUUCCCAGCAGCCUGGAAGUGGAGAGGAGAAGGGAGCUCCUGCUGCCAGCUCGGGCCUGAGCAACAGCCAGGAGCUGGACAGCGGGGUGGGCCGCACAGAUGACAGUACCCGCAACGAAGAGAGCUCUGAGCACGACCUGCUGGUGGACGAGCCGCCGAGCAUCACCAACACCCCUGGCACUCUGCGCAAGUUUGGCCCACAAGGUGACACACUGCAGAGCCAGGACUUCCAUUUCAGCAUGGACUCGCUGCUGGCCGAGGGCGCGGGGCUGGCUGGGGGCGAUGUGCCGGGCCUCACGGACGAGGAGUAUGAGCGCUACCGGGAGCUGCUGGAGAUCAAGUGCCACCUGGAGAACGGCAACCCCCUGGGCCUCCUCUUUCCCCGGGCAGCGGGUGGUGGUGGUGGCAACAGUGCCCUGGAUGUGAACCGCAACGAGAGCUUGGGUCAUGAGAUGGCCAUGCUGGAGGAGGAGCUGCGGCACCUGGAGUUCAAGUGCCGCAACAUCCUACGGGCACAGAAGAUGCAGCAGCUGCGGGAGCGCUGCAUGAAGGCCUGGCUGCUGGAGGAGGAGGGCCUCUAUGCCCUGGCAGCCUGUGAGCCCAAGAAGCAUGAGCUAUCAGACAUCUCCGAGUUGCCCGAGAAGUCCUCAGACAAGGACAGUACCAGCGCCUACAACACUGGUGAGAGCUGCCGCAGUACGCCGCUGCUGGCUGGGCCCCUGGCUGAGAGCCCCCUGAGGCAGCCUGCUGCUGGCAACUCCAACUUGAAUCGGACCCCUCCUGGCCGCCCCAUCACCACCACUCCCACCAAGGCACCCGCGCAGGGGAGCCCUUCCAAGCUCCGCUCCCUCUCCCGGGAUGCCGACGUAGGCCACAGGCAACAUGCUGAUGAGCAUGUCCGCCGGAGCCUCAAGAUGGGGGUGACGCUGGAGCGUGUGCUCCCCGAAGGUAGCCCUUACCUCUCUCGCCGCCAUCACGCCCAGGGCCAGGAGAACGAGCAGUAUCCGAGCUGCAUGCAGCUGGCCCCGGCACGUGGUGGUCUGGAGGAGCUGGCCCACUGCCCCCUGGGCCUGGCUGGUGGCCCGAGAGGUGCUGGGGUGGCAGCUGUGGCCCCUGAAGCACCCCGCAUGGAGUGGAAGGUGAAGGUGCGGAGUGAUGGCACGCGUUACGUAGCCAAGCGGCCUGUGCGGGACCGGCUGCUCAAGGCCCGCGCCCUGAAGAUCCGGGAGGAGCGCAGUGGCAUGACCACUGAUGAUGAUGCUGUAAGUGAGAUGAAGAUGGGUCGCUACUGGAGCAAGGAAGAGCGCAAGCAGCACCUGAUCCGCGCCCGCGAGCAGCGGAAGAGGCGCGAGUUCAUGAUGCAGAGCCGCCUGGAGUGCCUGAGGGAACAGAGCAGUGACGGCAAGACAGAGCUCAACAUCAUCGCCUUGAGCCACCGCAAGACCAUGAAAAAGCGCAACAAGAAGAUCUUGGACAACUGGAUCACCAUCCAGGAGAUGCUGGCCCAUGGCGCACGUUCGGCCGACGGCAAGCGAGUCUACAACCCCCUGCUCUCCGUCACCACUGUCUGA